AUGUCUCAAAUUCAGAGCAAAAUCAAUUACUUCAUAAGGAAUCGGAAGGUGCACUAUGCAGCCUUCAUUCUUUUGUUGUUUGGCAUAACCUUGCACACAAUUCAUGGACAAGGUAUCUCUAUAGAUUAUGAAAAGACCGGUUACAUGCAAGUACACAACUAUAGAUCUACAACGGAUAUCAUAAAUAAUAAUUUUGUGGUUGCAGAUGUGAGGAUUACCCGGUGUAUGCGCGGUUUCAGAUGCAGCCAGCCAAAAGAAGACGUUCCAAACGGAUAUUGGGAGAGGAUGCCCCACAAACUCAACCUCUUUCAGGACGGGUUCUCUCUAUUUAACUACUACAUGUAUGUUGCUAAGGCCAAAGGUAGCUUGUCGAGUAGAUUCGUGGUGGAUAUCUCUUUCACAUACAGCAACAAGGAACCAACCACUGGAAUGGAGGGAUCCAAGUGGACCCUGCAGAGAUUAUACCAAGAGGCAUAUAUGUGGAUUAACUACUUUGAUACGCCCGAGUUCCACAUACCGAUCGUAAGAGAUAUCAAUGUUUUGUACGGAAAGCAGGAUUUGUUUGACAACCGGCCUCACUGGAAGUUUGAGUCAGCUGCCAUCAUUUUACCAGUAAAGCAGACUAUUCACUGCACAAUUUCUGCGUUACGUAUCCAGAUAAACCAAGAGAGUUCGAUUCUAUCUGCCGAGCAAGAGUUUGAUUUAGUUUUGAAGAAGAAUGGUAUUUUCGUUACCUCGGACCCAAUUGUCAAAGUGAUUCAAAUCAGUGAUUUACAUAUCAACCAGGGUGAUGGUGCUUGCUUCGAGAAAUGCAAGUUCGAUAAAGGCACUCUUGACUUCAUGAGAGACGCUUUUGAUGCGGAGUCAGGCAACAAAUUGAUUGUGAUUACGGGAGAUAUGAUUGAUUACAUGAGUUCUCCCCAUUAUGAAUCCGUAAUCUUGAAAGCGGUGGCUCCAAUAUUAAAAGCUCAAAUUCCGUUUGUUUUCGUCUUUGGAAACUCAGACUAUGAUAUGAUGGACUCAAAUACAAAGUUGAACGUCUACAACUUUAUUGCUUCUUUGCCAGGAUGCUACAACCAAAAAAUUAGUGAUCUUGACCAUAGAAUGCAUGGUAUAAGCAAUGGUAAUAUCAAUAUCUACCAAAUCCCGCCACUUGAGAACAACCAGAGUCCAGACUACAACGCACUUGACCUUACAAAGCCUCAAGCAAUGAUCACAUAUCUUGAUUCCGCGCUGAUUCAUAUUGACGAUUCACAAGCAAACUAUCUUUACAGACUUAACCACCAUCAUAAUGAAGACGUUGAGCAAAAGCUUCUAUUUUUCCACCACCCACUUCCGAACUUCAGGCCUUCUGGAAAAGUGAAAUUAAUUGGAACCUACAAUGAGAAACAUUACUUGCAAACGUCUACAGAUAAAAAGAUACUCCUGGACAUCAAGGCUGCUGGUUACAAGGUUGUAGGUGUGGGCCAUGAGCAUGAAAACGAUGCGUGUAUCUGGGACGAAGACGACAAGGACAUGAUUCUUUUGUGCUACUCGGGUGUCACCGGUGAAUCUGCCAUCAGGAGACUAGAUUCACAAUACAAGCGCCGGUUGCGUGUAUUCCAGCUUGACUUCGAGAAAAAUCACAUUUUGAGCUGGAAGAGGGAUCCCGAAAGGCAAUUCGACCCUCAAGAGAUCUGGUCCGAGCCCGUUAAUCCAAUUGUGUGA